CUUCAAAUACAGUGGGAACCACACACAGGACAGGUUGAGGUAGCCUACAUCAGUGAGCGGACCUGGAGUCAGAUCUUGUACCCCCUGACUGCGGUUCAGAAAAUCGUGACCGGUAGGGAGCUUACACAUGCAUGCUUCAAGCGGUCUUCCAUCAACAAAAGGAUAUGCCACCACUGGCAAAUUAGUCCGCACUGAGGAUUUCCAAGCGAAAGAGGACCAAGGAAUCUCCUCAGUUGGACUCCGCCUGCAUUUGCCGGAGGUCUCGUGAGAGUCAAUUUGUGUGCCUUGGUUGAGAGGAAUAAGGGGACUGGAUGACAGAGCCGCUUUCACACCCUCCCAUCUUAGGUCACCUUGCCAUCUGUGAAGACUAAGUCACUGCUUGAAACAGUUUUAAAGAGGUUCACCAUGAAGAGAACUGUCGUCCGUUCUUCACUCUUCGCAUGGCUUCUGCUUGCAAUGACUCAUUGCUCCCUGGUGGGUUCCUUCUGCCCGCCGCAGUGCGUGUGUGAAACCCGUCCCUGGUACACUCCGCAGUCUGUGUACCACCAGGCCAAAACGGUGGACUGCAACGAGCUCCAUCUGAGCCAUGUCCCGUGGAAUAUUUCGGGAGACACUCAAGUGUUGCUCCUCCAAAGCAACAACAUUUCCUCCGUGACACAGGAGCUGCAGCGGCUGGUCAAUCUCACCGAGCUGGAUCUCUCCCAGAACCACUUCACCCGCAUCAAAGACAUCGGCCUGACUCCGCUGACGCAGCUUGUCACGCUCUACCUUGAGGAGAACCAGCUGAAAGAGCUUCCGGAUUACAGCCUCAAGGAACUGGUGAAUUUAGAGGAGCUGUAUGUGAAUCACAAUCAGAUAUCCUCCAUUGGCCCCAAAGCCUUCUCAGGCUUGGUGAACCUUCUGCGUCUUCACCUCAACUCCAAUAAGCUGGUAGCUAUUGAUAGCCAAUGGUUUGAAUCGCUUUCCAAUCUGGAGAUCCUGAUGAUUGGAGAAAACCCAAUCCUGGGGUUGCAGGAUAUGAGUUUCUAUCCACUAUCCAAGCUGCACAGUCUGGUGCUCGCUGGCAUGGGGCUUAUGGAUGUACCGGCGGGGGCAUUCCAAGGUUUGGAAUACCUUGAGAGUCUCUCCUUCUUCGAUAACAAGUUAACGGCAGUACCAAAGGACGCUUUACGCGUUCUCCCGAAUCUCAAGUUCUUGGAUCUCAACAAGAACCCCAUCACUCGGGUGCAGGAAGGAGACUUUCGAGACUUCCCCCACUUGGAGGAGCUGAGCCUCAACAACAUGGAGGAGUUGAUCGCUGUGGAGAAGGGAGCUUUCGCAAACCUUCCCGAGAUGGCCAAACUGGAGCUCUACAACAACCCUCACUUGUCCUACAUAGAUCGCGGUGCUUUUUUGGAUGUGGAUGGACUUCGCACUUUACUGAUCCACAACAAUGACAUUAGCCUGUUGCCUCAUGAGAUUUUAGGCUCUUUCCCCAACCUGGAUGAAGUCAGCCUUCACAGUAACCCACUCAGGUGUGACUGUCUGUCAAACUGGGGACCGGUCCUAGGCAACCAAUCCACACUCAAACUGCUCGAAUCCCAAAUCACCCUGUGUGCCUACCCUCCUCAUCUGAUUGGACGUUCACUCCAGGAAGUGGUCACAACCAAUUGGAAUGUGGUUAGCAACACCUGCCUCCCUCAGAUCUCCCUCCACACCUUCCCUCCCCAGCUCAAUGUGUCAGGUGGUCAACCUUUGACCUUAGAGUGCUGGGCUUUUGCUGACCCUGCACCUCAGUUCUAUUGGGUGACCCCCACAGGGGACAAGGUGACCUCCGAGGUCAUCGCAUCACAGAUGAUUAAUGGCAGCAGUGCCAAGAAGCACCGGCUCCAGGAUCAAGGUGCUUUGGAAAUCCUCCAUGUUGAGCCCGAGGACGCCGGUCUCUACACCUGUGUGGCGUGGAACGCUGAAGGAGCAGACACACGGAGCGUCAUGGUGUUCGUGGAAAGGAGUGAGGGUGGCAGCGGCCGACACAGCUUUGGUGGUCCAGCCUUCAGGAACACCACGGGAGCUCUGGUUGUGCUGGCCAAGAUCAUUCACGCCCAGUCAGUGGUGUUAGAGUGGAAGCUGAACGCCCCCACGUCCCAUCUUGGCUACGAGGUCACCCAGCCUAAGUGGGUCAGCGCAACAAUGAAGAUCGACAACCCGCACAUCAGCUACUCCACCAAGGUCCCUGUGGAUGUCCAGGAGUACAACCUCACUCACCUGCUGCCCUCGACCCUGUAUACAGUGUGUCUGACCAUGGCGGCCACUGAGCUGCAGACGCAGCACUCCUGCAUUAACGUCACCACCAAGGAGGCCAGCUUCGCCGUGGAGAUGGUUGCCCAGCCGACCAACGUUGCCUUGGCAGCCGUCAUGGGGUCCAUGUUUGCCAUCUGCAUUAUGGCCCUGCUGGUCUUCUACAUGGGGCGACGCAUGAAGCAAAAAUCCUGCCACCACUCUCUAAAGAAGUACAUGCAGCAUGCCACAUCUAUUCCUCUGAACGAGCUCUACCCACCUCUAAUCAACCUGUGGGAAAACGAGACUGAGAAAGAAAAAGAGGGCUCAGUUGAUUCACAGAACUCACAGAUCGACACGUCAAAGACUUACAUGUGGUAGGUCGGACUUGCAGGGUUAGUUGGAAAAACAAAAAGGACGUUCACAAAUGGCUUAUGUAUUGUAUUAAAAAAACAUUUAUCUAAUAACAAAAAUGUCUUUGUGAACAAAUGAUAUAUGUAUUUUUAGACUGUAUAUCUCUUUUUUGCAGACACACACUUUGAGUUGAGCAGUUGCAUUUGCUUCCAGCUGUAAUGGAGAGAACUAGCUGUGAAACCCAUGGCCAAAAAUACACUCACGCAGCACAGAGAUUUGUAUUUUUUGAGUGACAUCGUUCCAUUCAGCAUGCAGAGCAUUUAUUACUUAUACGCUUACGCUUGUUCAUGGAAUUAUAUUUAUUUGUAAUUUAAGCGUUUCUACCAAAACAGGUAAAACUUGACUGCAAAGGCAGGUCGUCACAUCUCACAGGGGUAAAGAUGGUUCCAAAUCACUGUAUAGGACCCUUAGCAUGUUUUUGCAUGUUCUCCUUGUGCUCAUAGCCUACAGUGAGUCCUACCUUCCUUUCUUACCUUCUUUAACCUCUUCAAGACCACAAGGUGAUAUUUUGUACACUACACUUUUUACACUACAAUUAGUUUAUGACUAAUCCUGACAGCUGGAAACCACAAGCCAAGUGUAAUAAUAUAAGCAUCUUCAAAACAAUGCUCAAAAAUAUCAGGUGAAAUAAACAUAUGAUAUGCAAAAGAGAUCUUUCUCAUUUGUUUCUCUUUAAUUUGGAUCAAGUGAUUUUGAUUUGCCAUUGUCCAUCCAGCUGCAGUAUGAUUUGGCUAUAAUUAAUUGUGAUAUUCUAUAUUUGAUUGUGAACGUCAACAUUAGCUGCAUUGACUGAAAGUGGUAUUUUGUUUUUCAGUAAAUCUAUCUGGAGUUUCAUAUGCAGAUCAACUGAAGCACACCCAUCUAGACUGCUGCAUAUCCAAAAACGUAUUGCUAAACCAGUGUUAUAUAAUGUUCAAAAAUAGCUGUUAUCAUGUACUUUCUCAGACGGACUGUUAAAAACAAGGCACCCGCAGUAUAUGCUUAUUUUGGCUUAUUAUAUUAUUGGUCUCAGUUGGCUUUUUAUCCAAGCAUUAGAAGCUUAUUUUUGUGUUGUACUUUGUACAAAUUAUCAUCAUACAUAAUUUGAGAUGUUUUAUAUUAUUUAUUUAUUUAUUUAUUUAUUUGCUUUAUUAUUGGCCUUCUAAUGUCAGUACUUCACACCUGAAACAAUUGCAUUUUUAUUACCUUUCAGCUGUAGUGCUAUGAAAAUGUCAUCAGCUUUCAUUUAAAAAUGCCUGUCAGGCACAUGUGCCCUCUACUGGUCAAACAUCCUGAUGUCCAAGAUAAACUGAUGAUUUGUUGUGACAGAAUAACAGGGUAUUUUAUAUUAGAGAAUCUAUUGUAAUAUUUUAUUCAAGUAAAGUAAUAAUCUACACUUGAUCUUUGUCAAAUAGUUGAGAUGUGAUGGUGUAUGCUGUACUUUUAGAACAAAUAAACAACCACUGCAAAUGUUG